AUGCCUUUACCACCAGCACUUCUUGCUCGACUUAAACGACGUGGAAUUAUUCAAGAAGAUGCUGCUGAAGAAGUGAUAGCAGAGAGCUAUGAUGCGGAAAUACCUACUGGAAUACAAAGUAACGCACGUCAAAAGACGGAAAAGAAUGCUUCGGGAGCUCGUGGAUGUCCGAAUAAAUGGAAUCCUUAUCACUACUGCGUACAAUUUUGCUAUGAUCAUUGGAAAGAUGGGACAAAUGAAAAUAGACUUACACAAAGAUAUCUUGAUCAGCGAGCUAAAAUUGUGAAGAAAUAUCCAUUGCCAAAUGGUUGGAAAGAAGUUUAUGAUCCUGGUUGCAUGCGUCAUUAUUAUUGGUGUCCACGAACUGAUGAGGUGUCUUGGCUCCCUCCCAGACAUCCUUUGGCUGUUAUUGGAGAUGCUGCACCGAAAGUUGCGAAAGAGUUAUUUGAAAAAGGUGAAAAUACUAAUGGUCUUGGCGAGGGUAGAAAAGAUGGUAAUGAAAGGAAGGAUGAUGAGGAAAGAGAAGUUUACAGAGAGGAUCGGGGAGGUAUAAUCAAACGGUAUGAUGAAAACAGGUCGAAGAGAAAGCGAAGAGGUUCCAUAUCAGAUUCGGAAGUUAGCGAUCGUUUAUCAGCUUCUGAAAGUGAUGAGGAAAGCAGGCCUGAGCUGAAUGACAGAGAUAAGCUGAAACGUGCCAAACGAAAAGGAAUCGAUCCAAUGGAUCCAGCUGCUUACGGUGACAAUGUUCCUAUUGGUACAUGGAGUUCUGGUUUACAUGCCCACGAUAAAACAGGUGCCGAUGUUACAGCUAGUGGUCCUUUGUUCCAGCAACGGCCUUAUCCUGCUCCAGGCGCAGUUUUACGGAGGCAGCAAAAGGAACGAGAGAAGUAG